AGAGCUAUGAUAAUGUACUUUUCAAGAGUGAAAAUACUAAUACUGCUCUAUGUAGUUAACCAAGUCUAUGGCUUCAUACACUUGAGACAUGAGAAUUUACCAUGUGUGUGUACGCCUACAUUCUGGAUAGAGCAACCCCUCGACCACUUCAACGAAACUGAUCAGCGUACCUUCAAGAUGAAGUAUUAUAAAAUACUUGACUUCUGGAAGCCAGGAGGACCAAUCGUCUUCUACAUGAAUGGAGAAGAUGCCCUAGACUGCUCAAGGGCAGCAAUGAUCAACUCAUCAAAUCAGCGACCGGAAUGGCGACCAGUUAUUGACCAAAUAGUUGAAGAUACAGGUGCAGCAUUGUUCAAGCUAGAACAUAGAUAUUAUGGAGAUAGUACACCUAAUAAUGAUCUAAGCACAGAAAAUCUUGCUUACCUUAGUUCUAGACAAGCACUUGCAGAUGCCGCUCAUCUGCUUGUUACGAUCAAAGAAUCUCCGGAUUUUAAGGAUUCCAAAGUGAUCGUCAUCGGUGGAUCAUAUGCUGGAAAUUUAGCGGCUUGGAUGAAACUGCUGUACCCAACGCUAGUUGACGCAGCGCUAGCCAGCAGCGCUCCUGUACUCGCCAAAGCAAAUUUUAAUGAAUAUUACGAACAAGUCACGGAUACUUUCAAAAAAUACAGACCACAUGAUUGUAUCAAUAGGACUAUUGAAAAAUUUAAUACCUUCCGUGAAUUACUAAAAACUCCAGAGGGAAUCAACAACCUUAAAAAGCAACAAAAUAUUUGUGAAAACACAGAUAUGACAGUUCUAGAAAAUCAGCAAUUGUUCUUUGAGGUGGCGUUGGAGAUUUACGCCACUGAAGCUCAGUAUGGAAAACCAGAUGAACCAAGUGCAGCCUGUGAGAUGAAUCUCAGUUUCGCCGACAUUAAACACAAUCGUUUCAACCUGGGGAAAAGUAAAGAUUGCUCUGAUUUUGAUUAUAACGAACAUAUAAAAACAAUGCAUCCUACGUAUCGUUCCUGGUACUACCAAUCAUGUACAGAAUUUGGGUAUUUCCAGACCGUGGAAUCGAACAAAACAAUGUUUGGUAAUAUUCUGCCAGUUGACUAUUAUUAUAAAAAUUGCAAGGAUUUGUUUGGAGUAGAAUUCGACGAGGAGAGAGUAAAGCAAGGGGUCAUUAAAACGAACAAGAUUUAUGGAGGUCUGACUCCUAAUGUGACGAAUGUGGUGUUUACCAAUGGCGACAUGGACCCAUGGCAUAGGAUCAGCGUCCUGCACGAUCUUUCGCCAGAUGCUCCAAGUAUAUACAUCGAAGGCGCUUCACACUGCGCUGACCAGAGCUACCCAUACAACACAGAAAACAAAAAUAUAACGGCAGCUAGGAUUCAAAUUGUAAAAUUACUGAAGAAAUGGAUAGGAGUAGCAUAAUAAGAAUUAGUUAACGCCUUAAAUCUUUACUUCCAAAAAAGUUAAAUACUUUUACAUGUUUCGAGUCCGAUUGUGCUUAUAAUAUUUCCGAUGGAGAAGAUAAUUUAAAUUAUAAUCUCGCUGCAAUAAAAUAUGUUGGAUUUGUUCCAUGGAAAAA